UGAAGGCGUUAGAGCCUUUAAUUAUAUAUUCAGCAAUUUGAAAUAAAACUGGAAUAUGUGACAGUAAUUUCUUCUCUUUUGAUGAGUGGUCUUCAGAAUUUCAUGCCACUGUCACCCUGGGUCCUCAAGCAUGGUGAAGGAAUCAAGCAUAUUGCAAAGCCUGUUGGGAUAUCUUACAACCAGGCACACUCAUGGCGAGAGUCAACAAGACUUUUGUGCUGGCACUGCUUAUCACAGUCAGCUCCAUAUUCCUCCUGUUUCAGGUGUACUACUACAGACAGCACACUUCCAAGGGAUUUCAGACUUUAAGUGAUAAGGGACAUCUGACAGGAAAAGAGGCACAAUGGCAUUUAGUAAAGAAAUUUUUAGGACUGGUCCACAAGUUCAACAUGCCUGUGUUUUUGGUGGACACGGCUUCGCUAAGUCUGCUUUCCCAGGAUGCCGUUCUGCUCAAGGACAGCAAGAUAAAAGAGCCGCAUUGCACCUUCCUCUGCACCCACAGGGAUUUCAUCACCUUUGGUCUGCUCGGUAAUCUCUGGAAGUAUGAUAUCAGCCUGUUGGAAGCAGCAGAGGAGCGUGGCCUGGAGCUGCUAGAGAUCAGGGGUAAAGACCCAAGGCUGGUUAAUAUAGAUGACCUUACAGGUCGUGAGAUCCCCUUCCACCUGCUCUUCCGCUUAGGUGACCGCCUGGUGCAUGUGGUCGUGCUGUACGAGAGAAGCGGCAACUACCUGUGGCACGGACCACUAAGGCUUCAAUCCAGCUUGGACCGCACCUUCGCCCCUUUCAGGAAACUGGACUUUGGUCGCUUUGCAGGGGCUUUCAACAGGCCAGAUCUCAUUCUAACCACUCUAGAUGGGCUUGAUGUGCGGAUCCCCAAAAACUUUUCACACAUUCUGAACCAACAUUCCAACAGCCGCUUCCUGGAGUGCAGAUAUCGAGAGGCAGCAGCUUUCUACCAGCUGUAUCCAGAUGACACGUCUCCAGAGGCCAUGGAUUUUAGGAUGAAAGCCAAGAGUCUCCUCCAUCUUGCUGCCAGAGUUCUCACUGGUCUUGACAUCCCAUUCUGGCUGAGCAGUGGCACUUGUCUAGGCUGGUUCCGGCAGUGUAACAUCAUUCCCUACAGUAAAGAUGUGGAUCUGGGCAUCUGGAUCAAAGACUACAAGCAUGACAUCACUCAAGCCUUCCAGAGGGCUGGACUCUCUCUCAAACACAAGUUUGGAAAGAUAGAGGACAGUCUUGAGCUGUCAUACCAAGGCUUGGAUAUAAAACUGGACAUCUUCUUUUUCUAUGAGGAAGGUGACAUCGUUUGGAAUGGAGGAACACAGGCAAAGAGCGGCAAGAAAUUUAAAUACGUUUUCCCCCGGUUCAGCCUGUGCUGGACCGAGCUGCUGGAGCUGAAGGUUCGAGUUCCCUGUGAGACUCUGGACUACGUAACAGCGAACUAUGGGCCUGACUGGAGCGUCCCAGUGAAGACAUGGGACUGGAAGAGUUCACCUCCUAAUGUACAGGAGAAUGGUGUGUGGCCCAUUAAGGAGUGGGACGAUGUCAACCAGGUAUACUGAGGCAUCAUGGGAAUACAUCGUUUCAUGCUUGUUUGUGAAAAGCUGCUGAGUUAAUAUUUACAUUAUAGUUUGUGUUAAUGCUCAACAGAUUUGAGUUCUGGAUUAAUAUUGAUGAAUAUAUUCAUGUACAAACUGUAGAUUAUUGUUCUUGUUUUAACCACUAAUGAUGCUAAAAGUGGAAUUUACCCAGUUAAACAAAGAUGUGAAUGUGCUGUGUUUUUUUAUUCAUUUAACAAGAACACAAAAUUACACUGCAACUGAAAAAUCAGUUUGUGUUUAUUAUUUAAAUUUUAUACAUUUGUAACAUAACCUGAUGGUGAGUGAUGCAAAAGACUUUUAAUUGAGGCAGUCCUCUUUUAUUUGUUGGCUACAUAAAAGUCUGCUAUAGUAUUAUUAUACAUGAAUAGGGUGGCACGGUGGCUCAGUGGGUAGCACUGUCGCCUCAGAGCAAGGUCCUGGGUUGGAUUCCUAUUAAAAACUUUGAUUGACAUUAAACACUUGAACUGAUUAAUCUUGUUUGACCAGUAACUACCUGUCCUGUUGUGAAUGUAACCAAAAGUGUGUAAAACAUGACCUUAAAACCUUAAUAAAUAAAUUAUUCAUAAAUAUAACCCUCUCUUUUGAACUGUAAGCCUAGUUUUUUUUCAUGGGUAAAACCUACUGCAUUGAGGUUAUGUUGAGGUUAAAUAAAUUGUAUUUCUGA